AUGCGGCGUUGCAGCGCGGCGGCGACGCAGACACUCAGUGCUUGGCUUACAACUCUCGCCGAGGAGGCGGUGGCCUUGCCGUCAGCCGCUGCUGCGGUUCUGCAGGCGGAGAAGAAUAAUGGUCAAGAGCUCACCCGCAGGACGUCUGCACAACUGUGGCGUGAGUUGGAGGAUGCUGCCACCCACGCGAAUGCCCUCCGCGAGACCGACACAGUGCUCAGCAUCCUGCAGUGCCUUCUGCUCAAGCAGCAGUAUCCUACCGACGUGCACGCGUGGUCCCGCCUCGCGAAGCAACUGUUGCCGUUCGGCGGCAUCGAGCAGAGGACAGUGCUGUACUACCCAGGCCGGCCCGACGCCUCAUACCGCAGAGAAGGGUACCCCCGUGGCAGCAGCUUAGCCGCUCUUUCCUCAUCCAGUGACCCUGGGCCCACUGGCGCGGAUGGCGGCUUUGGUGAUGAGGGAGCCUCGCGUCAAGGCUCAGGCGACACCGGGCGAGGCCGAGCACAGGCAGUGCCGUACAGCCUGUACCCCUCGCGCGAGACGCUUCUGCUGAGCGGCGGUGUUGUGCCUCUUAGCGCGCGUGUGCCGGUUGGCGAUGGCAGAGCGGUCGCAUUGUUUGUGCGCGGCUUCACUCGGUUUAUGCUGACCCAGCUAGACGCACAGCCGCACCCGCAGCUGAACUCGGAGCUCCUGCAGGUAGUCAAGGAUGUAUCGAGCGCAGUGAUGGAGGCGUUGGCCACGAACGCAGGCUCCUUACAGCUGGAGCUGUUGCUGCCGGUGCUGUUAGACUACAUGGAACUACUCCAUGUGCUUGACCUGCGCACAGCCACAGCGAUCAGCGCUGGUCCACUCGCAGCGGCGGAGGAGCACCACGAUGCUGCUGGGGUGACGAGGAAAGACGAGGCUCCAAACGGAGACGGUCCGUCAUCACCGCCAUCGUCCUCAAAGCCGACGCGCUUUCUUCAGAGCAUUGCGAAUGACCUGGCGCAGAACGCCAUGGCUGGGGGUGCGCGUGGUGCUCGCAUUGUCCUCUACUACCUGAGUGGCCGUUUUGCAGCCGUCGUAGAGACGCACCAGGAGGACGCAGCCGCCAUCUUCACAGAAGCGAUGUACUGGGCGCAGCAGCGGUAUCUUCUCGCCCUCACCCGUGCCUGCAUGUGGGCCAUCAAUCAGCACUACACGCCACUGACGGCAGGCCAAUCAUCGUCGUCGCCACACGCGCAGGGGCUAUUUUCUGCGGACGCCGCAGCAGACCUCAUCGCCACUGCCCCGAUGAACGCCCACAUACAGGCGCUUUAUGACCACAUCGAUGUGCUUUUUCAGAAGAACACGAAUGCCGACAACCCGCUAGGCCUGGUCGAUGAGGAGGUCUCGCGGCUGAAGGAACUUCACAUCUCAGCACUGCUGCGCGCACUGCGCAUCGAGGAGUCCGCCCCGGACGCGUACCUGCGCCGCGCGCUAGAGGUGGUGGAUCGGGUGCCGGCGUCCAUGGCUAUUGAAGGCGAGCUAAUCGCAGGCAAGGUGCGACUGUUGGAGCUGGACAGUGACACGGUGGACGAGAAGGGCAGGGCGGCUAUCUACGCCGACUUGUUGACGUCACUUCGCAGUCUGGUGGAGAUGCGGCCGCGCUUUUCGAGGCACAACGGAAUUAAUCUUGCUGCUGGUGGUGGUGGUGGUGGUGCAAACUCCCUCGGCGACGGCGGCGGCGUCGAGGAUGACGAAGGUGAUGGGGAGCAGCUGCGACUCGACGCGGCAACGCAGACGAUCUUGCAGCGCGCUCACGCCGACGUCAUCACGGCCUUCUGCGCGGCGCACAAAGAAGAGUGGUCGAACGAGGCGUACAACAUCCUCGUCGCGCACAAGUACCACGGCCUGAAGAUCACCAACGAUCUCAUACGGCCGGUCCUGGAAGUGUUCAGCCGCCGCGGCGACUGUCGCGUCUUCAGCUUGGUGGACUUAUGCGUACUCUACAGCAAUGCGCCGAUCGACAUGCACACUAUCGCGUUGCUGUUUCGCACAUGCGCAGUGGCCGGCGACCAUUACCGCGCGCGCACGUUCCUACAACUGAUGAACGAGAUCAUACCGGGGUUUCUCGUAAAGUGUCCAGCCUCGGUGAAGGAGUCGCUGCAGGAGCUCAAGCUGCUUGACCCGCCCCCGCGCCACCUGUUCGUGUCGACUGAAGACGAUCUUGUGCAGAGGGCGCUGGGCGAGGAGCAGCGCACCGUGCGCCGUCUCCCUACUGGGUCGUGA